CAGUCGCUGGUGUGAGAUCGCAGCAGACCCGUGUAGCGAAAUGGAUCUCCAGCGAGUUUUGGAAAAGUGUGGAAACUUUGGUCCAUACCAAAUCCUCUUGUUGGGGCUCUAUGGAUUUACGAACAUAGUGUCCUCGUUUCAUUACUUCUCGCAGACCCUCAUAAGUUUUACACCCUCGCACACUUGUUCUCCUCCCGUGGCUGAUUUUCCAACCAACUCCACCGAACUGUCGGCCUGCAGUGUUCUUCAGUACAGUGAGGAUGGAUCCUUUCUUCAGGAGUACGAGUGUCACUCCUGGGACUUCGAGAAGGAAAGCAACUACGAGAGCAUAACCACCGAGCUCGGGUGGGUUUGCUACGAUGCUUACAAGUUGGCGGUGGGUCAAUCCUUCUUCUUCAUCGGUUCUGCCCUAGGCAGUAUAUUUUUUGGCUAUUUGGCCGAUCGAAUAGGACGUCUACCCGCCUGCGUCUUGACCACUUUAACAGGAGCCUCUGGAGAUUUCUUCACUUCCUUCGUCAGCAGUCUGCCAUGGUUCUCCUUCACACGCUUUAUAUCCGGACUUUCUACAGACACACAAUAUGUUCUGAUGUACAUUUUAGUUUUUGAGUACUUGAGUCCAAAACAUCGUACUUUUGGGCUUAAUAUUAUCCUCGGCGUUUUCUACUGCAUUGGACUGAUGAUUUCUCCUUGGAUGGCCAUUUGGUUGGGAAACUGGCGCAGUUACCUCUGGGCAGCUUCUCUUCCAGCCUUAGGAGUACUAAUUUACCCUUUCUGCCUCCACGAAAGCAUCGAAUGGCUACUGACCAAAGGAAAAUUCGAUAAAGCAGUCAACAAUCUGCGCAGUAUCGCCAAAUUCAACGGACGACAAGUGGAAGACUCCGUUUUCGAUGAGUUUAUCAAACAUUAUCGUGACAAGUUGAACAGUUCGGAGAAGAAAAACUCGGACACUUUUGUGGGCAUGCUGAAGACACCAAGAAUGAGGAAAUUCACCAUUAUCCUGUUAAUAAAAUCAAUGAUCAUCACAAUUGCAUUUGAUAUACUGAGCCGCAAUGUGGAAGGCGUCGGCAUAUCCCCCUUCAAACUAUUUUCUUACUCGGGGCUGUGCUACUUACCCGCUGGUCUUGUUAUUAUCAUGUUCCAGAACAAAAUCGGUCGGAAGGGCAUGGCCUGCGCCUCCCUUUUUGUGGGUGCAUUUAUCACAGCGGCCACAGGUUACUUGGUAGGAACCUUGGAUCCGGCCAACUACUCCAUUCUUCUUGGCCUCAUGGUUAGCCUGGCCAGAUUCGGAGCAGUGGUGGCCUACGAUGCGGAGGCCCAAUAUGCUGCAGAAAUUAUACCGACAAGUGUUCGAGGGCAAGGAGUGGCCAACAUCCACGUGGUGGGCAAUGCCUUUGCGUUCUUUAGCUCGUACAUUAUUUUCCUAGGAACGUUCUACAAACCUCUGCCUUCAUUAUUGAUUAGCUUCCUGCUUAUUAUUGGAGGCUGUUUGUGCCUGACUCUUCCCGAAACAUUGCACAAACAACUCCCACAAACUCUCGAGGAAGGCGAGGUAUUUGCCAAGGGAGAAAAGUGGUGGUUCUUCCCCUGCCUUUCGCGCAGACAUCAAACAAAAAAUUCAGAAUCUCAGCUGGAGUCAGCCAAUGAAAUUACAAAGUAGUUAUAAUAAAUGUAUAUGUAUAUGUAUAUAAUAAAAGCCAAAGCAAAUGUUUACAAUAUAAUUUUAUCAAAGCA